GUUGAUUCUCGCCGUCGUCGUCGCUCCCAUCGUCGCCGUCGCCGCGUCCGCCAUGAAGCUCGUAAGGUUCCUCAUGAAACUGAACAACGAGACGGUCACGAUCGAGCUCAAGAACGGCUCCGUCGUCCACGGCACCAUCACAGGCGUUGACAUGCAGAUGAACACGCACCUCAAGACCGUCAAGAUGACCGCACGCAAUCGCGAGCCUUCGUCCCUUGAUUCACUCUCGAUCCGCGGCAACAACAUUCGCUACUUCGUCCUCCCCGACGCCCUCCCUCUCGACACGCUGCUCGUUGACGACGCACCAAAACCAAAGAACCGGAAAAAGGACGAUGCUCGGGGCCGUGGGCGCGGGCGAGUGGUGGAUCGGGGACGGGGACGGGGACGAGGCAGGGGCAGGGGCAGAGGCUUCUGAUCAAAAUCAUUCUUGCCGCAUCAUCUUCGUCGCACGUCGUUAUGUGGUCUGUAUUCUGCUAUCCUUGUGCAUUAGAUCUGUAUGUAGGCGGCUCAGCUGUCUGUUUGCCGACUCCAACCAUUACAGCUAAGUACAGUCAUUACCCCCUUUGUGAGGCACCUACCAAUUUGGGCGACCGUGCAACUGGUAUAACACGAUCUGAACGUUUGCGGGGCUUGCACUUCUUGUCCUUCAGUUUGAUGUUUGAUUCGCAUAUAGGGAUAUCACAGUGUGCAAAACUUAGUAGAAAAAUAACAUUGCAUGAGGAAAUA